AUGUCGCGACGCAAAGAUAACAAAUCCCACCUGAAAGAAUUCGUCCGUCGACUUCGCGAUCAGGGCCGUCAGGGAACGCCUCAGGCAUCGGCCGGGCGGGGGAGAGCGCGCACGGGUGAAGGCAGAGGACGGUACGCUCUCUCCUUUUCAGGGCGUUCCGUGGUGGCAACCGCCCCCACACGUGGCCGCUCCUAUCUCCCACGCUCGCGCAAGGAUACCGAAGAUGACAGCAUGCCUCUUACUGUUGCCGAUGCCGCUUUGUCGUCAACGGAUGACGCGCGGGGUCAAGGACGGGAGCAUCAGCGUCGCCAUCGUGACGAGGAGACAAGGACGUCGGAGGAGAGCUCACGGAGGCGCCCUUCUCGCUCUACGGAAAGCGACCCACAUGACGUUGUGUUGUCAGAGAGCCGCGCGUCUGUCCUCCCUUCCACAUCGACAGGGAGCCGAACAAGCGGCAGCACUGAUCCCGUUUCCGAACACGCUGCAAGGCGGGUGGACACGAGACGUGGAAUGGGCAGAAGGAGAGGCGGGGACAGUGAGAAGAGUCUAAAGCGCCCGAGGACAGGUGGGCCCUAA